AAUCAUAUUGAAUUCUUAUUGUACAGCUAAUGUAUACGUAUGCAUGUUUAUAAUUGUUCUUUGUGAUAUGACAAAUUUUAAUAAUUUAAUCGUAUUUUUUGCUUUAUUUGCUAUAAAAUCUAUUAAAGCUAACGUAUUUAAUGAAUUAAUAAAUCAAAAAGAUCCGUGCGUAGCUUUAUGUGAAAAAAUACCACUUUCAACUUCUCUGACAUCAACUGAACCUCUUCUUUCUGACUCGGCAGCUACUAAAAAAUCAUGUUGUCAAAGAGGCUGUCGAUUUUUCAAUUUAGUGGAUUUGGUUGACGGACCGGAAAACAAAGAACUUAAUGAUACUAAAAAUGCUUGUGAAUCAUCAUGCACCGAGGCUUACAUUGAUCGAGAAGAUCGUUCAGCAUGUAUCAUGGGAUGCACAUAUAUGGCUAAACAGCGAAUAUUAGAUCUCGUAUCGAUACUAUCAGCCGCAUUAUCUACUGAGGAUGAUUUAAUUAUUCCACAUCAUCUUUUAGUCAUUUCACUGGACAUGCCUGACAACGCUAUGUCUGAUCCAGGAUUAAAGAAGGAAAUUUUUCCAGGCUGGUGGGAUUCUGAAGGUUUCAAACUACCUCAAACCUUUAUUAAAUCAGUACCUCAAGAUUCAACAGUGAUGGACUACAGUAUAUCUCCAGACUAUUCUGGAGAAGUAGAGCAGACUAUUUCAAUGCCAGGAGCUAAUUGGUUGCAGUGCGUGUCAAGGCACACAGGAAUUCCACGAUGGGUUUUGAGUAGUUUCAUUAUAACUGGAGCAUUAGCAGCUCUUUGGCUUUGUUUUGUCAGUGAAAAAACAACGGAGAUACCCGAUAAAUCAAUUAGCGAUAAUAACAAUGACCUUAGUAAAGUCACAUUAAUUUAUCCAAAUGAUAAAGCACCACCUGUAUAUACAGAAUUUCACGAAACAGAAGACAAAAAAUUAAUUGUUUAAAUUUUGAAUUGUUCAUUUUUCUAAACUUUUGUUUGAUAAGUUUAUGUACACAAAAGUUAAUAAGAACAAAUUCCUAGAUAAUUGCAAUCAUCACUGUUUUUAAUGAAAUAUGCAAAAGUUUUUAACGAUGAUCAAUUAAUCACGAUAAGUAUUUUUAAAUUAUGCUUUUAUUGAUCAUCUGCAGAAAAAUUUCUUUCUUUUAUCUGUAAUAAUUUUUUAUUACUUAAUUUUUUAAAACUUAAUUUAAGGAGAUUAAGUGUGUUAUAU